AUGUCCCUGUACCUAGAUCAGAGUCGUGCCUAUCGGGUAACACACGCGAAACAAUUGAAGGCCAAGGCAGGGCUAGCGAAACUGAUCUAUGUAGGCAUAGGCAUUUCACAGGAGCUCAAAUUUAAGGGGCCCUUGGGUCGCAGUCUACCGGAGUUCCAUCGAAUAGAUUCUGCAAGGGCGUCACCAGCAGGAAUCUUGAUGGCCCCGAUCGGGUUUCCUUCGAGGGCGAGAGAUGUACAGGGAGCUAUGGAUGAACAUGCUCCACGCAUGCGGAUGCCCGGACGCGAAGGCACUCUUCCCCAUAUUCAAGUCCGUAUCGAGCAUGCUCUUCCCCGGGCAGGAGCUACCCCCAACACUCUCAGAUUAAUACCUUGGGAAAUCUCGAAGCAUCGCCUGGUCCAGACGCAGUGCGACGCGGCUCCGAAUCGCGCCGCCGAGACGGUCACUCGAGCCUGCGCCGCGUCGACCAAGUUCGCAGCUUUGGAUAUAGGAAAUAUACUCUACCUGCAUGGAGCCUUGAGGGCAUUAGUAUCUUUGGGGACAGGAGGCCGACUCGAUGGCGAACGCAAGCACAAGAAGGAUUCCUCCGUCGGGGUUGUUAGGAACCUGUAUGUCGUUCGUCGUAUUAUUCAGGAGAUCGUGAUUCACUACCGUCCUGCCCAGGAUGACGAGAUGCAGACCUUCCUCGCUGCCCCCAUUCACGACUUCGAGGUUGUGGUCGCUUAUGCCGAGAAGAUUUUGGUUUGA